CAGACGGUUCCAGCCCAGGCUGGGAGGGAAUGGGCUCCCUUUGCGCUGCGAAGCGAGUACUGCGAUUGGGCGACGGUCCCUGAGCCUGCAGCUCCGCGUCGGUUUCAAGGCUCCUCCCUCCCGGUGAAAGACAGACUGCGGGGCGCCUAGAAACCGGUUGGAGGGCGCGCGAGGGAGAGGAAAGGCAGCGAGUUGAGGGAUUGACACAAAUGGUCAGGAGGCGGCCGAGGAGGAGGAGGCGGAGGCGGAGGCGCAGGGGGGAUCCGAGGCGGCGGCGAGGCUGCCGAGAGUUGCCCGCUCCUCUCCCCGGCUGCGGCCACUGACUAGCGCGGCGCGGCGAGCCGGGAAGGAGGGACGCGACCCCGGGGCGCCGGGACCACUCGCGGUUCUCCCUGCCGCCCGCGCUUCAUGAACCGCAAGUUUCUGCAGCGGCGGCGGCGGCUGCGGGACUCAAAGCGGGAGCCGGGCGAGCGGACCGAGUGCGAGCUCAGCCCGACGGAGGGCGCGGGCGGGGACCAGAUCUCCCCGGACACAGUGGGAGCCGCCACCCGCCGCGCCGCUGCUGCCUCCCCCGGCCGACCGGCGCCGAGGAGGGAGCCCAAAAAGUAUGGCCGAGGAGGCGGCGCCUAGCGAGUCCCCGGCCGCCGGCCCGCCGGGCUGGGAACUUUGUCCCGGGGCUCUCCGGGACCAGCGGGAGGACGUAGGGCGCGGGCACACCACCGGCCACCGCCGCCCCCGGGCUGACCCCCGGCGCUGGCCUAGCGGGCUGCUGCUGCUGCUGCUUUGGCUGCUGGAGGCCCCGCUGCUGUUGGGGGUCCGGGCGCAGGCGGCGGGCCAGGUACCCGGACCGGGCCAGCAAGCCCCGCCGCCGCCCCAGCAGCAGCAGCCGCAGCCGCAGCCGCAGCAGCAGCAGAGCGGGCAGCAGUACAACGGCGAACGGGGCAUCUCCAUCCCGGACCACGGCUACUGCCAGCCCAUCUCCAUCCCGCUGUGCACGGACAUCGCGUACAACCAGACCAUCAUGCCCAACCUGCUGGGCCACACGAACCAGGAGGACGCGGGCCUGGAGGUGCACCAGUUCUACCCGCUGGUGAAGGUGCAGUGCUCCGCCGAGCUCAAGUUCUUCCUGUGCUCCAUGUACGCGCCGGUGUGCACCGUGCUGGAGCAGGCGCUGCCGCCCUGCCGCUCCCUGUGCGAGCGCGCGCGCCAGGGCUGCGAGGCGCUCAUGAACAAGUUCGGCUUCCAGUGGCCAGACACGCUCAAGUGCGAGAAGUUCCCGGUGCACGGCGCGGGAGAGCUGUGCGUGGGCCAGAACACGUCCGACAAAGGGACCCCGACUCCCUCCUUGCUGCCGGAGUUCUGGACCAGCAAUCCACAGCACGGAGGCGGCGGCGGCUACCGCGGCGGCUACCCGGGGGGCGCCGGCCCGGUGGAGCGGGGCAAGUUCUCCUGCCCCCGAGCCCUCAGGGUGCCCUCCUACCUCAACUACCACUUUCUGGGGGAGAAGGACUGCGGGGCCCCCUGCGAACCCACCAAGGUGUACGGGCUCAUGUACUUCGGGCCGGAGGAGCUGCGCUUCUCGCGCACCUGGAUUGGCAUCUGGUCCGUGCUGUGCUGCGCCUCCACGCUCUUCACGGUGCUCACGUACCUGGUGGACAUGAGGCGCUUCAGCUACCCCGAACGGCCCAUCAUUUUCCUGUCCGGCUGUUACACAGCGGUGGCCGUGGCCUACAUCGCCGGCUUUCUGCUGGAGGACCGGGUGGUGUGUAACGACAAGUUUGCAGAGGACGGGGCGCGCACGGUGGCGCAGGGCACCAAGAAGGAGGGCUGCACGAUCCUCUUUAUGAUGCUCUACUUCUUCAGCAUGGCCAGCUCCAUCUGGUGGGUGAUCCUGUCCCUCACCUGGUUCCUGGCCGCUGGCAUGAAGUGGGGCCACGAAGCCAUCGAGGCCAACUCGCAGUAUUUUCACCUAGCCGCCUGGGCUGUGCCGGCCAUCAAAACUAUAACCAUCCUGGCUCUGGGCCAGGUGGACGGCGAUAUACUGAGCGGAGUGUGUUUUGUGGGGCUUAACAACGUGGACGCGCUGCGGGGCUUCGUGCUGGCGCCGCUCUUCGUGUACCUGUUCAUCGGCACCUCUUUCCUGCUGGCCGGCUUCGUGUCGCUCUUCCGCAUCCGCACCAUCAUGAAGCACGACGGCACCAAGACCGAGAAGCUGGAGAAGCUCAUGGUGCGCAUCGGCGUCUUCAGCGUGCUCUAUACGGUGCCGGCCACCAUCGUCAUCGCCUGCUACUUCUACGAGCAGGCCUUCCGGGACCAGUGGGAGCGCAGCUGGGUGGCCCAAAGCUGCAAGAGUUAUGCCAUCCCCUGCCCUCACCUCCAGGGGGUUGGGGGCGCCCCACCACACCCGCCCAUGAGCCCGGACUUCACAGUCUUCAUGAUCAAGUAUCUCAUGACGCUGAUCGUGGGCAUCACAUCGGGCUUCUGGAUCUGGUCUGGCAAGACACUGAACUCCUGGAGGAAGUUCUACACGAGGCUUACCAACAGCAAACAGGGGGAGACUACCGUCUGAGACCUGAACUCUACCUUCCCAGGUUCUUGGUCGGAUCCCAGCCGUCGCCUGAAAGCUGGCCCCAAGGAAUGCCUGCCGAGCCGUCCUUGCUUGGACACUCAGCUCUGGCAGGUUCCUUUCAACAAACAGCACAGCUCCUGCAAAAGCUUCCGUCCCCAGGGUAAAGGAAAGAGAGGGCCCAACUGUCAGAGGGGUGUGUGUGUGUGUGUGUGUGUGUGUGUGUGUGUGUGUGUGUGUGUGGACCGAUCUCUCUGUCCCUAGCUCUGCUACCAGGACUGUACGCUUUUAUGAUUGUAAAUAGCCUGUGUAAGAUUUUUGUAAGUAUAUUUGUAUUUAAAGACUACCGAACACGCGAUUUUCUUUUUUAAAAUGUUUAAUUAUUUACGGUGGUUUAAGCAUUUGAAGUUUUCUCACUUGCCUAUUGCUGAAGACUGCAGAGGAGGUAAAAGAGGCACGCUUGCUGAGUGCUGUGCUCUGGGCUCUCAUCUCAGAAGGGAGAGCCUGGGCCUGGCUACCACACUGUGGGCUGUGGCAGGGGCUGCCUCUCCAGGGUCAUUUCCCAUCGCUUCCUUCAACUUCUCUCUCCCUGCUCCUCUCCUUGCUUGAGGUGGAAACUUUUAAGGUGCAGUUCCCCCAGCCUGAGGUGGGCCCCGCCCAUUCCAGUUCCUCCCCUUUCAGAGACAGAGAGUGGCAGCCUGUCCCUGUGACUUCCCGACGCUGAUCUUUUUUUUUUUUUUUUUUUUUUGAGAACCACCUUCCAGCUUCAUAGAGGCCCACGGGUGGCCACUUCCCGUUGACCUAGCCUCCCUCAAGUCUGGUGUCCCUUGCCCAGAUGUUCCCUCCUUCCACCAAAAUUGGUCAGAGAGUAGGUGCAGUAGCCAAUGCCUAGCCUGGCUUUUUAUGGGCGAGCUCGUCUUACUGCUUAGUGUCUAGAACCUGCUCUGGGUCUGGCCAUCGUUAUGAAAAGACGUGGCUAGUGCGAUUAUGGAGGGACAGCAGGCUUCGUGUGGGUUGAGGAAACAGAAGAGGGAGAUUAUAAAAUGUCAGUUCCAAUUGCAUUUUGAUGGCUGGCAACCUGCCCUCCCCUCCCCCCACACGGUGCCUGCUUUUAGAUUUUACCCUUCUAAGAAAUGGAGACUUUGAGGUCUCGUGGAAAGCUCGGUGAAGGAGUUGAUCUUUGCCUUCCUUAACAGGAUAGCAGAGCAUACACAGACUAUGAAAACUAAAGGAGAUCUCAGUGGAGUGGACUUCCUCACAAUGAAAUGCUGUUUUCCGGUUUUAAUCAAACUGUAAUUAGACUUAUCUCAACUUUACAACCUUGAAGUUGUACACUAUCAACACAUUACGAUUACUCAGCGGCACAUUCUGAGGGAGGAACCAUCCACACCCCUGGGACUAGCCUGGUAUACUUCAGAAAGCAGAGGAGUAGACUAAUUGAUGGGUGAGAGAAACAAUCGCGAUCUGGGCAUGCAUGCUGCCAGUGGCCAUUCCUACUGCCUCCUGUCACGUGUGCUCCUGUUUGGACUUACAGCAGUAAUGUCAAGUGUGAACCUCUCAAAGCCAUUUAAAAGCAUUCACCUUAGUUCUUUAUGAAGAGGAGAAGAACAGUCCUCCUGAUUGUAGUGCUUAAACUUUAAGAGUUUAUCAAAAAUGCCGGCAUGUAGGACCUAAAUUUAUCUAUGUCUGUCAUUUCCUAGACUGACAUUGGUUUUUGAAUUUGGUAUGCAUUUAUUCUGUCCAUUUAUCACAAAACCAUUUAUAUUUAUAGAGGAAUAGACAUUUAUAUAUAUAAAAUGCCAUAUUUUUAAUUUCGCAAAUAAAAAAUGAAAGUUUUGUAUGAAA